UAGAGAGAGUGGCUCACUGCGCAGACUCAGGCGGCAGUGACAGCGACCUGAACCAGGCGAAGAAACCUGCAGCAGCUCAACACAAGUGGACAAAUAUAUAGACUGGGAAAUGGCUGUGCUGGCACCGUUCCUGGUGUUAUGUACUUGUGUUUUGGGGUUUCAUCAAGUGGAAGCAACAGCAGACACCCUGUGCCCUCCGGAGUCUUCUUUCUGUCAUGGUGGACUACAGGUGAUCUAUCCAGGACUGGAGAUUGACCAAUGCCUCGUGGUUCAAGAGGGUCUCAGGAAGAAGGUCACCGCAGAUUGGAAAGCCCCAAAGAUUCUCUUCCCUGGAGCAUACAAGGCGGAGAUAUAUGUUCUGGUGAUGGUGACCCUGAUGCCCAGAGCAGAAAAAAAAACAACAUCUGCUUACUGGAGGCACUGGCUGGUUGUGGACAUACAGGGGGAUGCACUUCAGAGUGGACAGUUAACCGGGACGACCCUCACAGACUAUCAGCCUCCAUCCCCACCAUCUAGAACUGGUUUUCACCGCUACCAGUUCUUGUUGUAUGAGCAGCCUCCAGACACACGGUUGUCGCUCACUGAGGAGGAGAGUUCAUCCCGUGGUAAAUGGGAUCUCCUAACCUUUACUGCUAGGUUCAAUCUUGGAGAGCCUGUUGCCACUCUGGUGUUCUUCACCAAAAACUACAACGACUGAAGGAUCCUCAGUGUCUGAAAUAUGAUGGUGGAGAAUAAUCUUCAAGAACAACAAAUAUUUUUUUUCCUUUAUUCUCUCUCUGAAUUAAACAGCAUCUUCAAAGCAUGCAA